CCUCGUCCCUCUUCCUCAUUGAGCUUCCAAAUCCUCUCAUACUUUCUCAAAAGUCUUGAUCAGCCACAACACAAGACGGAUAUCACGAACAUUAGCCUCAAGAUGUACUCUUCCAUCCUCGCAGUCAGCUUGACUGGCUUGCUCGGCCUCGUCGCCGCACAAAAUACCAACGUCAAUCCUGUCACCGGUAUCCAGGGCAAUGCCACGACUGUCGAGAACAACCCGCCAGGCAUGGUCUACACAGCUACACUUCCCACCACCGAGUUCUUCAACCCCUCCGAUCCUCGUGGAAAUGUCAAGGGUUCCGUCGCAGCUGUAGCUAGCAGCAGCGGUAUUGGUGUUGACUUUCAAGUCAGCUUCUCGAACUUGCCUACCAGCGGUGGCCCAUUCCUCUACCACAUCCAUGCCUUCCCCGUCGCCGCCGAUGGAAACUGCACCAGCACCCUCGGCCAUCUCGAUCCCUUCAUCCGCGGCGAGACCCCCGGCUGCAACUCGUCCCUUCCCCAAACCUGCCAAGUAGGCGAUCUCUCCGGCAAGUACGGUAAAAUCACCUCGGAUCCCUUCCUCGCCACCUACACCGACGACUUCGCUUCUACCCUUCCCGGCAUCGGUGCCUUCUUCGGCAACAGAAGCAUUACCCUACACUUCGCAAACACAACUAGACUUACGUGUGCCAACUUCACGUUGUCGAGUGCAGCUACUUCCAGUGGCGGAAGUUCAAGCUCGAAUUCGAGCGCGACGACCUCGGCGCCUCUUACGCAGACAAGUGCGCCACUGCAGGUCACUGGUCUUGGAGCUGGUAGUUCGACUACAGCGUCCUUGGCCGUUCUGUUUGGUGCGAUGACCGUCGCGCUCUUGCUGUAAACAAAGCAGGAGCUUUGUACGGGAAAGUGGCUUGGGGGCGUUUAAUGCUAAUGCUAUGGAGAGAACAACUACCUUUUUGGAAUGAAGUGAAGAAAUGAUACAUUAAUGGGUCUAUGACCAUGGAUGAUGGAGAGAUGUAAUAUUAGACAUGCGCUUGCUCGAUGGCUCGCUUGAGAUGCGAUUAUGAUACCAGGACAGAUUUCAUACUAUGGAA